AUGGCCGGCCUCACGCCCGAACAGGUGACCAAGUUUCGCCAGGACGGUUACCUCGUCAUCUCCUCGGCCCUCGACUCGACGACCGUCUCGUCCCUGCUCGACGAAACAAGCCGCUUGCUCUCGACCUUUUCCCUCGACGACCAUCCCCUCACCCGCUUCUCCACCGGCGGCAACGGCCAAGGCGAGCACGUCGGUGACGACUAUUUCCUCACCUCGGGAGACAAGAUCCGCUUCUUCUUCGAGGAGGACGCCUUUGACACCGAGGGAAAGCUCACGAAAGCAAAGGAGCAGGCAGUCAACAAAAUCGGCCAUGGCCUGCACGCCCUCAGCACGCCCUUCCAGGCCCUUCUCCGAGACGGCGGCGGCGGCGGCGGCGGCGGCGGCGGCGGCCGGGGACGUGUGAGUCCGGCGGCGGUCGCCCGGAGCUUGGGCUACCUCGAUCCACGCUGCCUGCAGAGCAUGGUCAUCUGCAAGCAGCCCGAGAUCGGAGGAGCCGUGCCCCCGCAUCAGGAUUCGACCUUUUUGUACACGACGCCGCCUUCGGCCGUCGGCUUCUGGUACGCGCUCGAGGACGCGACGCUCGAGAACGGCUGCCUGAGCUUCCUGCCCGGCUCGCACGCCUGGGCGCCCGUGCAGACGCGCCUCGUGCGCAAGCCUGGCGGCGCAGGCACCGAGAUGGUCCCCAACGACGGGCCUCAAUUUCCUCUCGGCGCCGACGGCGCGGCCGGCGUGAGACCCGACGGACUCGACGACGGCGAUGCCGCCUACGUGCCUGCCGAGGUCAAGGCGGGGGAUCUGGUCCUCAUUCACGGCAACCUGCUGCACAAGAGCGAGAGGAACACGAGCCAGCGGGGGAGGAUCAUCUACACCUUCCACAUCAUCGAGUGGCAGGGCACCGAGUACGACGAGAGGAACUGGCUGCAGCCGCCGGAGCAAGGGUUCACGAAGCUGUACUCGUAG